GGAGCCUCUAGCCAGCGGUCACGAGACGGUACCUUUGGGCGAGGAUGACGAAGCUGACAUGAAGAAGUAUUUUGCUCCCUUUCCUGGUGGUACAAUUCGCUUAAAUCCCGGCAGUUGGGUCUUUCCGGCAGCUUUUCUUAAGUAUGCAGACAAGAUAUACAACUUUCAGUGGCGAGCCAGCGACGUGGUGGUAAUAACGUUACCCAAGUGCGGUACAACGUGGAUGCAGGAGAUUGUAUGGACUAUGAGGAACAACCCAGACUUGCUCAACCCCACGGCUACUCUACCAAUAAUGACCCGAGUGCCUUUCAUUGAUCUCGACAUGUUCAGACCAAAGGAGAACUCCCAGUCGAGUCCUGGAAGCAACUCAGUAGAAGGCAUCAACCACCAACUGGCCGUCGCUACGCCCGACCCCAGGACUAUCAAGACACAUAUUCCUCUGUCGCUACUUCACCCAACACUCCUCAACACUUGUAAGGUGGUGUACGUGGCCAGGAACCCCCUGGACGUGGUCGUGUCCUUAUUGCAUCAUUUUCGUCUGAUUAAAACCUUCAACUUCCGUGGCAGCUUAGACAAUAUUAUUGACUUUUUUGUCAGUGACAAAUUAAGGUACCUGCCCUUCUGGCGGCACGUCAACGAGGCCUGGCAGAAGCGUCACCACCCUAACUUUCACUUCGUCUUCUACGAGGACCUCAAGGCCGACAUUAUGGCCGAGCUGGAAAAGCUGAACGAGUUUUUGAGCACAAACCUCAGCCAGGAGCAACUCCUUAAUGUAGCUAACUACACCGAGUUUAAUGAGAUGGCAGGCCGGGACAACUUGAUGGGGCCCAAAGCAGAAGAUAAUCCCCGGUACUCACAGGAGGUGGUGAGGCAGGAGGGCGGCUUCUUCAGGAAAGGUGAGGUUGGUAACUGGAAGGAGAAGUUGAACCCAAAACAGGUAGACAAGAUCGACAAGUGGACGAAGAAGAACAUGAGAGAGAUUCCAUUCAAGUACAUUUUGUAAACAACUCUUCAACUAGAUAUUGGUCUCCUCCGCAACAGCUGUCACAAGUAUUGGCAGAACUACACCUGGAGAACAGUCACAUAACACUCAUAUGCGAGACUAUUUUCCAAUGCACUGGAGAAAUAGAAUCCAAGAGAAAAUAAACACUUAGAGAAGCGACAAGAUAAAAUUCCUCAAGCAUUUAUUGUCUACAUCGUUCUGUGUCAUGCCAAUUUUGUAUUUGUUUUGAUGUAAAAAUAUUCAGAAGAUAAACUGUUCUUGCUGAAGCUGAUACUCUUGAUGAUACCAGUCUGCAAAAUAACAGUAUUGAUAAUGUCACUAUGGAUAUUGUCACUAUGAACAAUGUGACUGGAUAAUGACAGUAUGGAUAAAGACAGUGUUGCAUGCAUAAUAGGGUGUGUCAUACGGAGGCGAAUUUUUUUUUUUUGAGUUUGAAAAAUCGGCCCAU